UCUGAGACCCUCCAUGGUGCUGAGUUUCUGCAUCCCGGUUGUUCAGCUGUACAGCCUCACUCUAACAACAACUCGUAAAGCGUGGCAACGCAUACUUUUGUGGUCCUUCAGCCAGCACAUUAUACGAUACUGGCAUACAAGUACAUUGUAGAUCUGCUCUGGCUUUGUUUUGUUUUGUUUUGUUUGAGUGGAGGUGGUUGUACUUCUGGCUAGGUACAUCAUGGACCCUCGAUACAACACGCACCCGCAACGACAGGCGCAGCAAACCCAGCCGCAAGUAACACAACGUCAGCACCAACGGUUUUCAUGGCAGGCCCCACUUGAAACAGAAACAACAACACCUGCACAGAGACCGCCUCAAUAUCAACAAGUACACCCGCAACAGCCGGUAGUCAACACUCACGUAGUCUCACAACACAACAGAGGCUUCUCGUAUGCUCCGACACCGAUUGAACACAAUGGAUCAGCAUACUACCCACCGUCAUCGGAGAUUCCGACUAAUCCGUCAUCUCCGGUCUUUACGCCCAUAGACGACCGUCCACAGUCUAUGUUCAACGUGCUGAACACUCCAGCACGCAACCAAUCACAACAUGCUCACGGGCCCGCAUCUCACGCUCGUGACGACGACACACUUCUAUCGCCGUCAUCGCCGGAGGCUCAGACUCUGCCUUUUAUGCUGGCCGAGUCUUUGGUGGGGGAACAAGAAGCAACAGCAGCUGUCCAACAGCCCGCACCAGCGCCGCAGUCACCCGUUCAACAGAGCAGACAUGCCCGCCAAAUGAGCAACUUGACGCCUCUAAACACAAACUUCACACAUCCAGCUAUGCCCGCAAUUCCCCAAAGCCCGCGCUCCGGCUCGGCGCAGCAAACCUCUCCCGGUGCCCUCCCCUACAAAACACCCAUCUCGCCCAUCCACUCUGGCCCUAUUCGCAAGGACACCCCCAACUCCUCCUACAACAGCAACACGCGGCACCAGCCCCUUCCCACCCCGGCCGAACCCUACUCGCCGCACAACUUCUCCUCGCACAACCUCGCCACCCCGCACGCCAUCUUCUCCCCCGACGCCGCCCACGGCCCCAACGGCCUCGACUUCGCCCUGCACCAGCCCGGCCAGAUCCGCCACCCCAACAUGGACCUCGACGCGAGCAAGACGUGGAAACACAGUCUGUGCGCCUGCAGCCCCGACGUCGGGACCUGCUUCACGGGGCUUUUCUGCCCGUGCAUCCUGUCCGGGCGCACGGCGUACCGGCUGUCGCAGAAGAGCAAGAAGGCCGACGCGACCGAUAUGCUGGGGCACAGCAGCACGAACGGGCACUGCGUGGCGAUGACGCUGGCGUGCGGUGUCGGCCUGGGCUGGGUGUUUCCCAUGCUGCAGCGCUCGCGCAUCCGGCACUUGUAUAAGAUGGAGGGCAGCUGUGGCGACGAUUUGGUUAAAGGGUGUUGUUGCUGUUGCUGUGUGAGCGUGCAGAAUGAGCGUGAGGUCAAGAGUCGCGAGGAGAGUGCGAAUCGUUGGGCAGGGCCGGCAAAUCGCGAUGUAUAUACGAGGACUGGGGGGAUGGAGUACAGGCCGCAGAAUUAAGGGGCGGUGUGGUGAGGGUGGAGAGGGAAGAAUGUCUGUACGCUUUGGUUCGGGACUGAGGGGUGUGAAUGGUGUGUGAGCAUUUCGUUGCUUGGUUCUUAGUCUCGAUGAUACCCAUCAGUAAUUUCGUUGCAUGUUUGAUCCGACUUUUAUUCGAGCGGCAUUCUGCAGUAUUGGAUAGUUCUAUCUACAGCUUCUUAUUUGUCGUAUCCACCAUGAUCCUGGUCAGUCCCCGCCGAUUGCUGUUCGAGUUGCGAUCAGAAGACCACCAUGUCUCUCAGAAGAUCUCCUUACGCAGGAAAAGUGUUCUAAGGGGCGUAUCUCGCUCAGGGUCAUCCGGACUUUGGUUUGGCAAUUUUGUACCACGGAAGCCCCUGUUUUUGAGCAACGAUUUUUGAACAGGCUUC